AUGCAAUCUAGAAUCUUUUCUCUCGCCGCCCUUGUUAGCAUUGCUGCUGCCACCACCGUUGACCAAAUUGUUUCCACAGUCACUGCUCACUCCACCACCGAAGUCACCAUCACUUCUUGUCACAACGACGCCUGUGUCACCACCAUCUACACCACCACCUGUCCAGAAAGCAAGGCUGCUGUCCCAACCACCACCUCUUCUUCUUCUGUUGCCCUCACCACCAAGGUUAUCACCGACAAUGAAACCGUUUACACCACCGUUUGCCCAGAAACUGAAGAACACUCCAAGGCUCCAGUUGAAACUUCUUCUGUUCCUCUUGUUACCACUGAAGUAACUGUCACUGAAAACGAAAAGGUUACUGUUUACACCACCACUUGUCCAGAAAGUGAACUUCCAGUUCCAACCACUUCUGGUCCAGCUCCAGCUCCAGUUCCAACUACUUCUGGUCCAGCUCCAGCUCCAGUUCCAACCACUUCCGGUCCAGCUCCAGCUCCAGCUCCAGUUGCUCCAUCUUCUGAAGAAACCACCUUUGUCGAUGUCACCGUUACCCCAACCACCACUGCUGUCCCAUCUUCCCUCGAGCCAGCUGUCACCACUGCUUCUGCUCCACCAGCUGAACCAGUUGCCCCAUCUUCCGAAGACAUCACCUACGUUGAUGAAACCACCACCCCAACCACCACUGUUGUUCCAACCACCACCGAAUCCAUCCAACCAACCUUCACUUCCGUUUUCAACAGUAACACCACCGUUCCAGCUGUUCCAACCGGCCAAGACAAUGGUGCUGGUUCUAUCGGUGCCUCUUUCGGUGUUGCCGGUGUUGCUGUCAUUGCUGCCUUGUUGAUCUAA